UAAAAAUCACACCCCUCCUUUUCCCUCUCUUUAGUUGUCCAUCAUCAAACUCCAAAUUUUCUUCUCUCCUAUUUCCUUACCUUCCUUCCACUCAUAUCAUCAUCAUCAUCAUCAUCAAUAGUUACAUCCAUCCAAAUUCUUGUCCCCAAUCUCCUCAUCUUCAUCUUCUUGUUCUUUCUCAACUCUUUUAUUGAAUUUUGUCUUCUGAUCAGAAAUUAAUUUCAACUGCACUUGGCUACUAUAGUAGUGCCUACCUACAUAGCUAGCUGUGUAGAGUCAGCUAUCAAGCUCUUCAUACACCCCACACUCUCUCCUUAAUUCUCUCCAUCCAAUUUGCAUUUCAAGAAACUAUUACAGAAUUAAAAGUGGAUGCUGUGUUGUUGCUGUUGUACCAUUAUUAAUUAUAUAAUUCAUUCAUUCUCAUUCCCAUUUUCCCCACCCAAUUUUACCAUCCAUUUAUUCCCCUCAUCUUUCUUUAUAUACGUGGGCAGGUAAAUAAGUAAAAAACACCACCUUUCUUUGUUCCUUUCCUUAUAAUCCUCCAUUCAUACAACAAAAAGAAAGAAAAAAGAAAGACCAAAAUAAUAAACAAACAAUGCUGGAGACGGUGAAGUACUUGCUUGGGUCGGCUGGUCCGAGUGGAUACGGGUCGAAGUCGACGGCGGAGCAAGUGACUCAGGGCUUUUCUGGUGGUCAUCAUCUCCGGUCGAUGACGGCGAUCAUCACCGGUGCAACGUCAGGGAUCGGGGCGGAAACGGCUAGGGUGCUGGCCAAGCGGGGAGUCCGGCUGAUACUUCCGGCCAGGAGUAUCAAAGCCGCGGAGGACACAAAGGCGAGGAUACUGUCGGAGUUCCCGGAGUCGGAGAUCAUAGUGAUGCAUCUGGAUCUUAGUUCCAUGUUCUCCGUCAGGAAAUUCGUUGCUCAGUUCCUCUCUCUUGGUUUGCCUCUCCAUCUCCUCAUAAACAACGCCGGAAAAUUCACCCACGAGCAUGCCAUUUCUGAGGACGGAAUCGAGAUGACUUUCGCCACCAACUACUUAGGUCAUUUUCUGUUGACAAAGCUGUUGAUAAAGAAGAUGGCGGAGACAGCGGAGCUAAGUGGAAUUCAAGGAAGAAUAGUGAAUGUUUCAUCCAGCAUCCACAGCUGGUUUUCCGGCGACCUCAUCGGAUACCUCCGCUCCAUUACCAAAAGUCGAAGUGACUACGAUGCAACACGUGCGUAUGCACUCUCAAAGCUCGCCAACGUUCUGCAUACCAAGGAACUUGCUCUCAAACUCAAGGAAAUGGAGGCAAAUGUGACUGUGAAUUGUGUACAUCCAGGAAUUGUGCGAACUAGGCUCACUAGAGAACGAGAAGGCCUCGUUACUGAUCUGGUGUUCUUUUUGGCUUCCAAGCUUCUGAAAACCAUCCCUCAGGCAGCUGCAACCACCUGCUAUGUGGCUACGAACCCUCGAUUGGGAAAUGUGAGCGGCAAGUAUUUUGCUGACUGCAAUGAAGCUCCUGCUUCUAAACUGGCGUCCAGUUCCCAUGAAGCUUCAAGACUUUGGUCUGCUUCUGAAUUCGUGGUCUCUGUCGACCCGACCCGCUCAAACCCUCCUCCUUUUUGAUCCAUAUAUAUAUAUAUAUAUAUAUAUAUAUAUAUAUAUAUCCUCAAGCUAGGUGAACUAUUAUUUAGCGGUAGCACAUAUAUUAUUAGAAUGGAAUGAAGAGAAAGAAAAUAUACUGUACAUAUAAAUUUAGUUUAUACAUCUUAAGGCGUAGUAUAUAUUUUUAUGGAGUACUAGCUAUGGUUUGUAAAAUUGGUAGUAGUAGUAGUAAUUAUGAGCGAUUUUGUUCAGUGUAAUUUUGUUAGUUAAUUAAGACGAUGACUCGAUGAGUAUGAAGAAUAAUCAAACUGUUUUAUGCUUAAUAGUUAGAACAAAAAUUGUUUAGUGAGUUUCGAACUUGUGAUUUUCAUAUAUGUUUUUUUGAAGGUGUAAUCACUAUAUUUACUAUAUUAUUGGUUGGUCAACCCUUCACAUGUCCGCCCUCAACCACUUUGAAGUAUCAAUUAUUUGCAGCAACAGUGCAAUGUGG